ACCACCGCGCGAGUCGCCGUCAGUGUGUGCUUAGCUCGUGGUGAAUUCGCGUGUGCAACAAAACAUUUCGGAGCAAACAUCAACAUGAAGAUAUUUUUUGUGGUAGCCCUGAUUGGGGCCGCUAUGGCGCGGGAGGAUGACUGGCAACCCAUCGUCCCACAAGCGUCCUACUCGUACAACACCUACGUUAAGUCGCCAGAAAGAUCCUUAGAAGCCAGUCCUCAGGUGAAGAUCGUGAACCGCCGGCCAGCGUACUCGAGCAACAAAGUGUCGAGUCAGUACAGUGCAGCGCCUGCGCCAAUGUCCGACUCCUGCAGCAUCUACAAGGUUUCCAUGAACCAGGAGCUGUUCUACCAACACAUGGAGUACGAAAAGGAUCUGCCUGACCUCAAGGAGUUCACACUCUGCAUGUGGACCAAGUUCCAUAAUCAUUCUGAGGAUCACCCCUUAUUCUCCUAUGCAGUGGGUGACAGCCCGAAAGAGAUAGCAGCAUGGAUCUCCAACACAGAUGAAGCCAGUUACUUCAGCAUGGCAGUGCAUGGUCAAACGUUCUUCCGUCUCAACUACCCCCUCAAGUUGAACACUUGGUACCACUCCUGUCAGUCUUGGAACGGCAAAACCGGCGAAUGGCAAAUAUGGGUGAAUGCGGAGCGAGUCGGAAGGGGCUUCCACAACAGACUGGUGGGCCACAUCAUCAAAGGCGGUGGAGUAGCAGUCAGUGGACAAGACCAAUCUCAACUCUACAGCAAAGACGGCUUAGAACCAACAAUAAAACAAUCGGGUAUGAUCGGUGAAAUCACGAUGCUUCAGCUGUACCACGUGGCGCUGACCGCUGGCAAAGCCCACAAAGACCACAAGCACCAUCACGCCCACAAGUUCAAGCACGACGGAAGCCCGGUGGAGAGCGCUACUGAGGCCGUUACCGAGCCCCCUCCACCCGUUGCCACUCCCAUUGGCAAUGGAAACUUCCUCAUCGGAGGCCAACUUCAAAGACCACAGAACUUGAACCUGGCUGGAGCCCAGCAGCAGCAGAUGAUCCCCGUCCAACUGCCAAACGGGCUUCAACUGCAACAGGAGUACGUCAACGGACAGCUUGGCAACAGGAUUGUAUCUGAACAGCUGCUGAACAGUGUACAUCAGGUUCCUAACGAUCAGAUACCUCACGUCCCGGUGAUUGGCGUGCCUGUGCAAAGUUCUAUCAGCCAGUCGUAUGCUCCCAGACCACUCGGGCCGUCCAAACGCCCGUCUCACGUCGUCUUAUCCAGCUCGCUUCUAAACCCUGCCAAUGUGCAGUACAUAGAUGACACCGCUGGACAUAACUUGUUCAAGAGAGACUCGCAGAAACGGAACAAGAGAGACAACCCCGAGAAAGAGCUGCAGCAAGAGUCGACCGCAAGCAAGAAAGAUAAGCGCGGCCUAGUAAUGUUGACAGACGGUUCCGUGGUGGAUGAGGCCCUGCUCAGCCCCACUCUGUCUGAUGAAGACGACGCGCUGUUCCAGCAGUCACUCCUGAAUGGACUCGCUGGAGUAGUCGGCAACAUUCCCGUUCAGAAAUUACAGAAGCAAACGGUGGAUGAAAGAGAACCGGCGGAAGCUGAAGUGAAGGCUGUGAUGCAAGUGUGCAGUGGAUGCACCCCCGAACCCUUCAAGAAGGCUCUAGUGCUGUCGUGGAGGUCCACGCCGAAGAAACUAUAUAGUGGUGCCCAUUAUUACAAGGGGCUACCUAUAUGCCGAGCGUUUUAAACACAACGUUCAAAACUGACACACGGCAGUGUGUCAAGCUAAGUUCGAACGAGAUUUUAAACAAUAUUUUUGACGAAAUGUACAUCCAUCGCGUAACAAUUAAUGCAAGUGCAAAGGCCGAUGGCGCUGUGAUUUAAAUAGAACAACCCAUUUUUAUGACAGAAUUUUAAAAUAUAAAUAUGGCUGAUUGUCGUUUCCAGCACGACCACAUACAAAGAUAAUGAUAACGAUUAAUUAAAUACGUCACUGUGACGUCAUUACGCUUUAGAGAGACGACCUAUCACCGUAUUAGUUUGACUUUCCUUAUAUACUAAGUGCUAUAUUUACAUCUAUAGUUGUUAAAACCACUAAACUAUUUUAGAGGCUGUUAGAUGUUUAAAUUUUAUAAUAACGAUCGGAUCUAUAAAUGUAAAAUUAGUCAUUCAUUCCAUUCUACAUCUUCGUUGUAACUUGUCAUAGCGAGUUCUUUAUUUAUUAUACUAGUUGUAAGAAGUUCAUAAGAUAUAUCACUUAUAAUCGUAAUUCAUUAGAUAUAA